AUGAGCGAGGAGGGGGCGGGCGGAGGGGUCAGGAGGAGCGGCGGCUUCCCCAGCCCUGUCCCCAGCCUGGAGCAGAUGCUGGCGGCCAACCCUGGCAAGACCCCCAUCAGCCUCCUGCAGGAAUAUGGCACUCGCUUAGGGAAGACCCCGGGCUACGACCUCCUGAAGGCUGAGGGACAAGCCCACCAACCCAAUUUCACCUUCCGGGUCACCGUUGGGGACAUCAGCUGCACUGGACAGGGCCCCAGCAAGAAGGCAGCAAAGCACAAAGCAGCUGAGGUGGCCCUGAAGCUGCUGAAGGGGGGGGACAUGCUGGAGCCCACCACCCCCCAGGACCCCCGCUCCUCAUUGCCCCCUGAGCCCCCCACUGAGCUCUGCCCCACAGCAGCCCCCUCAGCACCCACUGGGGCCCCCCCCUCACCCAGGGGGACUCCCCUGGAGAUGAAGACCCCCAUGUCCCCCCCACAGGCUGAGUGCAACCCCGUGGGGGCUCUGCAGGAGCUGGUGGUGCAGAAGGGCUGGCGUCUCCCCGAGUACACCGUGACGCAGGAGUCGGGCCCGGCGCACCGCAAGGAGUUCACCAUGACCUGCAGGGUGGAACGUUUCCUGGAGAUAGGCAGUGGCACCUCCAAGAAGUUGGCGAAACGCAACGCAGCAGCCAAAAUGCUGCUGAGGAUCCACAACGUCCCCGUGGAGCCCCGGGAGGGCAGCGAGGCUGAGGCAGAGGAGGAUCAGUUCUCCAUGGCAGGUCCCCGGCUGGAAGGACUGCGGGGCCGGCCCCCCCCGGGCUGUACUUGGGAUUCUCUGCGGAAUUCGGUAGGGCAGAAACUUUUGGAGCUUCGGAACCGCCCCUUGGGCCCGCCCGGAACCGGAGCCUGCGCCCUCCUGCAGGAGCUCUCGGAGGAGCAGAGCUUUGCCAUCAGUUACCUCGACAUCGAUGCCCUGAGCCUCAGUGGGCUGCACCAGUGCCUGGUGGAACUCUCCACCCAACCCGCUGCCGUCUGCCACGGCGCCGCCCCCUCCCGCGAUGGGGCCCGGGCCCAGGCUGCCCGCAACGCCCUGCAGUACCUGCGGAUCAUGGCAGGGGGCAAGUGAGACCCCCACACCCCCCCCCC